CAAAUAUGACGCCCCCAACCUCAGGCCUUGACGCGCUCUUGAGUCGACGCGAGCUAAGCACUUUUCAGCGAUUCUGGUCGUCACCAUUGAGAUUUCUCGCGAAAGCACUCUAUGCUCUACUGGAGCCUGCCAUUCCUGCGCCGAAAGACGGGAUCCGCGUUGUGUGCAUUUCAGAUACUCAUAAUGUCCGGCCACAACUUCCGGAUGGCGAUAUCCUCUUACAUGCAGGCGAUCUCACCCAAUCCGGGUCCCUCAAGGAAUUGCGAAGUCAAAUAGAAUGGCUUGAUUCGCAGCCACACAGGUUCAAGGUAGUCAUUGCCGGAAAUCAUGACCUGUGCCUUGAUCAUUCAAAAAUGGAGGUGCAAGAUGAAAAUAACGAAGCUGUGCAAAUCGAUUGGCUCUGUUUUUAUGGAGGCCGACCACUAAAAAUAUACGGGAGCCCUUGGACUCCAAAGCACGGGAACUGGGCAUUCCAGUAUCCUCGCGUUGGGCCAGACCCUUGGAAAGGGUCCGUUCCUGAAGAUAUCGACAUUCUUCUCACACAUGGCCCGCCAAAACACCAUCUCGACCUUGGUCACCUGGGCUGUUCCUUUCUCCUGCAAGAAAUCCAUGCAAAGACGCCACUCCUUCAUGUUUUUGGACAUAUCCAUGCCGGAUAUGGCAGAAGAACGGUCGUGUGGGAUUCUUUUGAGAGCGCUUAUGAGCGCGCGAUUGGGGACGAUGGUUCGUGGUUGGAUUUGUUGCGAAUGCUGAUAUUCAGUACGGUCUUGGUAAAUGCGUCCUCCGUUGGUGGUUUUCGGGAUGAAGGACGGCGAGAAGCCAUCACUGUCAUUAUCUAG